AUGCUCCCGCCCGCCGGUAUCGACCCGCCAAACAUGCAGUCGUCGGGUGCCCAAGUUGCCGGCCUGGGCUUCAAGAUGCUCCGGCGAGAACACAGCGAUGGUGAUGAGGACAAUGGCGCGCAGAAGGAGUUCUUUGCUGCGUGGACUCUCUUCAUCGCCAUCAUGUUGCUGAUCGCCGCCUUCUUCACCAGCUACAUGCUUCAGAUCAAAAAGGUCACGGCCAUUCACGAAACUGUCAUUUCCAUCUUUGCAGGCAUGACGGUCGGCUUAAUCCUCAUUGUGACGCCAGGCGACUCGAUACGCAACCUCAUCAACUUCGACUACCAAAUCUUUUUCAAUCUCUUGCUGCCGCCCAUCAUCUUGUCUUCUGGCUACGAGCUUCACCAAGCCAACUUCUUCCGCAACAUCGGCACCAUCCUGACUUUUGCCUUUGCCGGCACCUUCCUGUCUGCCGUCGUCAUCGGGCUCAUCUUGUACGUCUUCACGCUCAUACCGGGAUCCUUGAAGAUGUCCUUUGUUGAUGCCAUUUCGGUGGGCGCCACCCUGUCGGCCACCGACCCCGUCACCAUUCUGGCCAUCUUCAACACCUACAAGGUCGACCCCAAGCUGUACACCAUCAUCUUUGGCGAGUCCAUCCUCAACGAUGCCAUCGCAAUCGUCAUUUUCGAAACGGCGCAAAAGUACAACAAGGGCAAGGCCACCAGCUACGGCAUCCUCAGCUUCUUCGAAGCCACCGGCAUCUUUUUGCUGGUUUUCUUCAGCAGCUUGCUCAUCGGCGUCGUUGUUGGCGUGGGCACUGCCUUGCUUCUCAAGUUUACCUAUCUCAGGCGAUACCCCAAGAUUGAGAGCUGCCUGGUAUUUUUGAUUGCCUAUGCCACCUACUUCUUUUCGCACGGCAUACAUUUGUCCGGUAUCGUGUCUUUGCUCUUCUGCGGCAUCACCCUGAAACACUACGCUUACUUCAACAUGUCCCGCCGCACCCAACUCACCACCAAGUACAUUUUUCAGGUCAUCUCGCAAUUAUCGGAAAACUUCAUCUUCAUCUACCUCGGCCUGGCCCUUUUUACCGACAACGCACUUUCCUUUGAACCGCCGCUCAUCAUGGUGACCAUACUGGCUGUCUGCGCCGCGCGUUGGGUUGCCGUCUUCCCCCUGUCCAAGGCCAUCAACUGGUUUAUACGGUACCGCGCCAGACGACGCGGCAUCGAGGUUGGCGACGAGCUGCCUUACAACUACCAGGCAAUGCUGUUUUGGGCGGGACUCCGCGGCGCUGUCGGUGUGGCUCUGGCUGCCCUGCUGACGGGCGAGAACGCCUACCCUCUGCGAGCCACCGUGCUCGUUGUGGUUGUGCUUACCGUCAUCAUUUUUGGCGGAACGACGGCUCGCAUGCUGGAGAUUCUCGGCAUUCGGACCAACGUGGUGGAGGAGAUUGACAGCGACGACGAGUUCGACAUCGAAACCCUGGCCGGCGGUUUCCACGCGAAGCGUUCUGGCGGAGGCAUCGGAUACAUGCCUCCUCGAAACAGCAACAUUGCCCUCGGCAGUCUCAAAGACGAAGGUCGAUCUGCCGCCUAUGUCUCGGGCCACAGAUCUCCGCACCUGGACGGCGGCGGCGGCGGCGGCGGGCGCGGCAGCAGUCAAAACAACCGCGGCAGCAGUGUCGGUCGCAAGAAUCCCACGCGCGGUCCUGAUGACCUUGAGCGAGACGACCUGCUGGGGCGCAGCGCGGAGGAUUCGGACCUUGACGACAUUGACACAUCCGACUUGCCUCCGCCAGCACGUCGCGCCCGGGCCCGGGCCCGCGCCAGCGGCAGCCCCCAGCCGCCGCCCGAGUCCGACAGCGGCUUCUUAGGCCCGGGCGCCGAAGCGUCUCACUCGACGCCAAUCACGGCCACCGGAGCCAUCCGGCAACUGUGGAGCGCGGAAGACCCGGCGAGCUUGCUGAGACAGCUGGACGAGGAUUUUAUCAAGCCCAAGCUCCUCCUUCACGGCGACGCGAGCAAGCACGGCGGUGGCCCGUCAAGCUAA